AUGUCUUCUUUUUUAGUUAAAUUGGCAAUAUUUAGUACUCUUGUUGCCAGUAGUUUUUUGUGUUCAUGGUCUAAUGCUGAUCAACGUCGACUGAGUACCACGUUUUAUGAGAGCAGGUGUCCGAAUGUGUCGAGCGUCGUGCGUGGUGUGGUAGAGGAGGCUGCACAAAAAGACGUCCGAAUUGGUGCCAAAAUCAUCCGUCUCCAUUUCCACGAUUGUAUUGUCGAUGGUUGCGAUGGUUCAAUUUUGCUAGACAACGCAGAUGGAAUAGAGAGCGAGAAAGAGGCACUUCCUAAUAACAACUCAGCUGCAGGAUUUGAAGUCGUCGAUGAAGUUAAAGCUGCGUUAGAAAAUGUUUGCCCUGGAGUUGUUUCUUGUGCGGAUAUUUUAGCCCUUGCUUCUCAAAUCUUGGUUUCUUUGGCUGGAGGCCCGACGUGGGAAAUUCCAUUGGGAAGAAGAGAUAGUAGGACUGCCAACCGACAAGGAGCUAAUGAUCUCAUUCCAACUCCUUUCGAUACCCUUAAGAAUCUUACAAGCAAGUUUGAUGGUUUUGGACUCGACACCACUGAUCUUGUUGCUUUAUCUGGUGGACAUACAUUCGGUCGUUCGCAAUGCAUAUUUUUCCGUCACCGCCUUUACAACUUCAACGACACUGGCGUCCCAGACCCUACCGUAGACACGACAUACAUGGAAACGCUUCGCCGGAGAUGUCCUGACGGUGGAGACAACGGUACACUUGCCAAUUUUGAUCCCACUACUCCCGACAUCUUUGACAAUGAAUACUUUAAACUCCUCCAAAACAAGCAAGGGAUCCUCACAAGCGAUCAAGUUCUGUAUUCAACAAGUGGGGCCGACACAAUUGACAUUGUCGACCGUUUUGCAAAUAGUCAGAGCGAUUUCUUUGAAAGAUUUGCUCGGUCAAUGAUAAAACUCGGAAAUAUAAGCCCCCUGACGGGAGACGAUGGAGAAAUCAGGUCGAAUUGUAGAAGGGUCAACUACUACUGA